AUGGAUGGACUAGUAACUAAAUUGACCAAGUCUACUUUGAACAUGAGAUCAAUUCAUAUUUUGGUUGCGACUCCCAGAGAUUACAGUUUAUGUCCUCAUAUAGAAGCAAAAUUGGAAGAAGAUGGUCUGUUGGAAAUUAUUGUUGCUGCGGUGGUGGGGAAGGUUGGCGGCGGCCGCGGCGGUGGUGGUGGUUAUGGAGGUGGGGGUGGGUAUGGUGGUGGUCGAGACAGUGGGUAUGGUAGUAGUGGUGGUGGAUACGAUGGUGGUAGCCGUGGUGGAGGUGGAUAUCGAGGAGGUGGUGGUCACGAUGGUGGUGGUGGAGGUGGCAAUGGUGGGGAAAAGAAGACUGAGAACAUGCUCCCAGCCGUGCUUUGA